GGAGCAUGGGGCGUUGUGCCAGCUCACCUGAAUGAACUAUCGCCACCAGGUUUUCGUGGAACAUUUCCUGGCUUAACUUAUCAACUAGGCAAUCUUAUUGCCGCUUCAUCUUCUCAAAUUGAAGCAAUAUUAGGAGAAAAAUUUCCAAAAGAUGGUGUUCCAAAUUAUGGGAUGACACAAGCACUUUUCGUAGCGUGUGCUCUGGUCUUGCUAAUUUUCUUCGUUGCAAUUGGAAAAGAGGCUAAAGGAAUCAACUUUGUAGAGGAGCACGAUGAGGAGAAAGCUAAGGGAGUCGACCCCACGGGAAAAAUGCAAAUGGGGGAAGAAACUAACGGGGCUGUUGAUUCCACAAAGGAGAUUAACGUUGAGGAAGAAUUUGAUCCUUCAGGAGAAAUGCAUGUUGAAAAAGCUAAAGGAGUUGAUAUCACUGAGAAAAAGCAUAUCGAUGUCUGA